GCAUGGACGAGCAGUAUGUAAACCGGUUCGAAUCAUCAGCGUCUGACUUGAACUUAUCAGAAUUAUUUUUGUUAGGACGGCCGAAGAGGAAAACACGCUCAAUUUACAUUUUAGUCAUAUUCGUGUCGUUGACGUUGAGACUUCGUCCGGUCGAGUGUCGACGCAGGUCACCGUUUAAUAAUGUGCUGUAAACAAUUCCUUGUGAUAAGUUUUGCUAUUAUUUUAAAAAAUAUUGCAGCACAAGAUGUUGGUGAUGAAUGUGUUCCAAAUAACGAAGUUUUUGAUGGUGUGUGCACAGUAAUAACUGAAUGUGAGGUGGCUCUAAGAGCUAUACAGAAGCGAAACUUCCAUAACUACCAAAGAUGUGGUUUUAGUGGUAGCAAUGAAGUCGUUUGCUGUCCACGUACAACCGAAAAAUUCGGUGCUACAAAUGACAAUAGAGGGGGAAAUAAUAGUCAGCGGAAAGCAGAAAGAGAAUGUAAGAAAAUCAUCGAGACCAGUAGACCACCACUGGAUCUUCAUAUAAUUGGUGGGGAAAAAGCCACGCUGGGUGAAUUUCCUCAUAUGGUGGCAAUUGGAUACGACAGAGGAAAUGGUUACCAGUUUGACUGCGGUGGCGCCUUGAUAUCGGAUACUUACGUUCUAACUGCUGCACAUUGUAUUAUCAACUUAGAACGAGUGGAACCGCAAAUGAUACGAGCUGGAGUGAUCGUGCUAGGCGACAACACUUGGAAUGAAAAUUCCGACUACAGGGUAGCACGGAGCAUCACGCAUCCUAACUACACGCAUAGCUCAAAGUACCACGACAUAGCGUUGUUAAGAUUAGCAAAUCCUGUGGAAGUAUCAGAAAACCUUCACGCUGCUUGUUUGUACACCAGCGCGUCCGAUCCUCUCGGCCCACUCACGAUAACGGGGUGGGGUCGGAUUAGCACUACACAAAGUCUAACAAGUAACGUGCUCCUGAAGACAAAAGUGAACCCAGUCACUCGGGAACGCUGCACCCCGGAAUACCCAGGGUGGCGCAAGCUACCGAACGGGAUUAUCGAGGGCCAACUCUGUGCCGGCGAUCCCCAGGGAGGACACGACGCCUGCCAGGGUGAUUCGGGAGGUCCGCUUCAAAUCUCGGAGUCAGACGUGACUUACAGGCUCGUUGGUGUAACGUCGUUCGGCAAGGGUUGCGGCACCACCACACCGGGUGUCUACACGCGCGUCGCGCACUACAUCGACUGGAUAGAAAAUAUCGUCUGGCCCAACUAAACCUACUAAAUUGAUAUUGUAUAACUGUGCAAUACUUAGAUAAAUAAAUAAUGCAUCGAUGGACGAAAGAUUCCGUUUCUCCGUCGUUAAUUAACGGCACCCAAAAGGUCCGCUCCAUGUGCAAAGUUAAAUUAAGCGUGUUAAUGAUUUAAGUUGGUAGUAAGUUUGGGUUCCUUUGUUAAAAUAUCUACUAUAAAUAGUACCUACUUUACUUUUAUUAUCUAAUCAGACAAGUUUUUUUUCCGGGAAACGUUUAGUAUGGAAAAAUAAAUAAAUAAGGAAUUCAUUUAAGUUUAGUUAAUAUCAAAACAAGUAUCAUCCAUUACUUACCAUUAGGUGAGAUACAGGCCAAGAGCUUCCCCGUAGCGGAUAAAAAAACCUACCUAGGUACCUACUUAGAUGAAGUAGCUAGGUAUGGUAUACCAUGACAAUAAAAGUAGGUCACGAAUAUGAUAAUGAUGGUUAGUCAUUAAUUUAUUGUUUGUACGAUAUUUUUUUUGCAAGAACAACUUAGAAUGUUUGAUUUUUAGACAGACUAUGUACAACAGGUAGGUAGGCAGGUAAUUAGUGACAGAUCUUAAUAUGCAUGGGCUUGUUGGCCAACAUGACGUUUCCUAAAUACCUAUCUACCUACACCUACUUAAUUUACAGAAGAAAAUAGUACAACUGCAUUUAUGUAGGGUCUGGUUCCUGAAGAUGAGCACAC